AUACAUGAUGAACCUCCCCGACAUUCCAUGCCUCACCAACUCCAACCAUAGUUUGAACGUCCACUGCUUCCAUCCCCCACCCUCAAAUCAAACAGCUCUCCCGCUCUAUAUACCACCAUGUCUUACGAACCCCCCUCACCGCCUCCACCCACCGUCCUCUGAGCAACCGCUUCGAAUCCAGAUCGAAGGUCCCCCCUGCUGGCUAUUCAGAAGCUUCUCCCAAAGGUAUCAUGGCACAUUUCCCACCACUCCCAUGAAUUUCCGUUGCCUGGUGGCCCUGAGCUAGCAAAGCUAGCCUUCCGGGAAAUAUACAACCGGGAUGUACGGCCGGACGUCGCUGGAGACAUGGUAGUACGGGAUGAAUACACAGGUUGGUUAGUCGAGGCCAGACCGAAGGUGUACGUAGUUAUUUUAUAAGCUUCUUCUCUUCAAGGGCAAACGCUGACCCUCCUUUUACUGUAGUAUGAUUGAUUACUAUGGGGUUACAUUCGACCACCUGGUCCCGCCCGACGACCCCGACCCAGAUGUCCUGCAGAUUAACAUUGUGGAAAUCGAAGAUGAUAACGGCGUAUAUGCAAAAAGGUACAACCCUUUUGAUAUCGACCCGACGGAAUAUAUUGGCAAGAAGGUGCUCGCUGUGCCAAGGUGCUGUCAGAAAAGGAAGGGAACGACGGACCAGGUUAGGGUCAAUCACGCAGUGAAUGCCAGGGAUGGGUUCUUUGAUGAUUCGAUUAUUAUGAGAGAUGAAAAUGGAAUGGAAGUGAUGUGGAAAGCUGCCUAGAAGUCGUGAAUGAGGUUCAUAAGUGGAAUGGGUCGGACUGUUAGCAUUAGGCUGCAACUUACUGUGGCGAGGACUGAGCACAUUAAUCGCAUCAGACUCGGAAAUAGCUAAAAUGUAACAGGAGAACACAAGUUGAGAUAAGAUGGAUCCUAGCCUAGAUAGGCAUCUGGGGGAAUGAAGCAGCAGACAGGGCAGCUGAUAAGACUGCGGCCAAAUCACAACUGGAGGGCAACUAAAGGAAGCCCAAACGCGACUCAAACAUACCCCUUUCUGACAUCCUUCCACCCGACCCGUGCUUCCGCUGGAUUGCAAGCUCUUCCCUCUUCAAAGAACUCAGACCUUUCAAUUUUGUUAGCAUCUUAGUGUUGGUAGCUUUGAAUUCACGAACUGACCUUCCGGAGUGGGGCUGCUCAAGAGGAAGGGGGCGAGUCGCAUGCCUGAGCACCGCAAUGAGCGGUUAAAGUUCUGCCAUCUCUAUAGGAUGGUACGCAGGUUUGAGGAUUAGGACAUCCAUCCGGGACCCUUCUAGUCUCGCGUACUCGAUGACCACAACGGUAAUAGUCCGUAUAUAUAGUAUACAUCUUCGGAAUUGUUUAGCU